UGCGUACAACAUAAGUGAGUGUGUGUGUGACAUCAGUCUCAAACCCUAACAUUGCUUUUACUCUCUCUCUUUCUGAAGCCCUAACCAAUGGCUUCACGCAGGCUUUUGUCCUCUCUUCUCCGGUCAUCCACUCGUCGAUCCGUCUCCAAAUCUCCCUUGUCGAACUCCAAUCCCAAGCUUUCUUCCCCAUCUCCAUGUUCCACGCGCCGGGCUUCUCCUUACGGUUACCUACUCACACGCGCGGCUGAGUACGCGACUUCCGCCGCCGCCGCUGCUGCCUCUCCUCCAUCCAAACCCGAGGGAGCCAAGGGUGGUGGAAAGAUCACCGAUGAGUUCACCGGAAAGGGUGCGGUCGGCCAGGUCUGUCAGGUGAUUGGUGCCGUUGUAGAUGUGAGGUUCGAUGAGGGGCUGCCUCCGAUUCUGACGGCUUUGGAGGUGAUGGACCACUCGAUCCGGCUGGUGCUUGAGGUAGCUCAGCACUUGGGUGAGAGUAUGGUUAGGACCAUUGCUAUGGAUGGGACAGAAGGUUUGGUCAGAGGCCAGCGAGUCCUCAAUACUGGAUCACCUAUCACAGUGCCUGUGGGUAGGGCCACCCUUGGUCGUAUCAUCAAUGUUAUUGGAGAGCCUAUUGACGAGAGGGGUGAUAUUAAGACCAGCCACUUCUUGCCCAUUCACAGAGAAGCUCCAGCUUUUGUUGACCAAGCCACAGAGCAACAGAUACUUGUAACUGGUAUCAAGGUUGUUGAUCUUCUUGCACCGUACCAAAGGGGAGGGAAGAUUGGGCUGUUUGGCGGUGCUGGUGUAGGAAAAACGGUGCUCAUUAUGGAACUUAUCAACAAUGUUGCAAAAGCUCAUGGUGGUUUUUCAGUGUUUGCUGGUGUUGGAGAGCGCACCCGUGAGGGUAAUGACCUAUACAGGGAAAUGAUUGAGAGUGGUGUCAUUAAGCUAGGGGAUAAGCAGGCUGACAGCAAAUGUGCACUUGUCUAUGGUCAAAUGAAUGAGCCCCCUGGUGCUCGUGCCCGUGUUGGUCUAACUGGACUAACUGUGGCAGAACACUUCCGUGAUGCUGAAGGGCAAGAUGUGCUUCUGUUCAUUGAUAAUAUUUUCCGCUUCACCCAGGCCAACUCAGAGGUGUCUGCUUUGCUUGGUCGAAUCCCAUCUGCUGUGGGUUACCAACCAACUUUGGCUACUGAUCUUGGAGGCCUCCAAGAGCGUAUUACAACUACCAAGAAAGGUUCUAUCACUUCUGUCCAAGCUAUAUAUGUGCCUGCUGAUGACUUGACUGAUCCAGCACCUGCAACUACCUUUGCCCACUUGGAUGCCACAACUGUGUUGUCGCGACAGAUUUCUGAGCUGGGUAUUUAUCCCGCUGUUGAUCCCCUUGAUUCUACAUCCCGUAUGCUUUCUCCCCAUAUUUUGGGUGAGGAACACUACAAUACUGCUCGUGGAGUUCAAAAGGUCCUUCAGAACUACAAGAAUCUGCAAGAUAUCAUUGCCAUUUUGGGAAUGGAUGAGCUUAGUGAAGAUGACAAGUUGACCGUUGCCCGUGCUCGUAAAAUCCAGAGGUUCUUGAGCCAGCCUUUCCAUGUUGCAGAAGUCUUCACGGGUGCCCCUGGCAAGUAUGUUGAGUUAAAAGAAAGCAUAACCAGCUUCCAGGGGGUAUUGGAUGGAAAAUACGAUGACCUUCCUGAACAGUCAUUUUACAUGGUUGGAGGCAUCGAGGAGGUCAUUGCCAAGGCCGAAAAGAUUGCAAAGGAGUCGGCUUCCUAGGCAAAAAAAAAAAAAGGAUCCUUUCCCUUGUCCUGAAAAUUGCAAAAGGAAAAUGAAAAAUAAUCAAGGUGAUGCUGGUGAUGCCGGUAACAGGAUAUUGAUUUUUUGAGAUUCAACGUGUCGGACUAUGAAUUUCUGUUUUUAAUGUUUAUUUCAGAGUGUGGAAGAGGAAUAGAACUCGGGGAACUGUCCUGCCAAAGCCUUUUUUUUUUUAAUAAGGAAAAAUGAAAAGAAAAGAAAAGAAAAGAAAAGGCGGACAAUGUAUAUUUUUUCCUUUUUAACUGGAGAACAUUAAAUGUGAGCAUUAUCACUUUGACAUCCA